CGCACACAUGUACGCAGUAAUUAUGAACAAGUUUGCCUGAGAAAAAUCCAGACUUUCACUCCUAUUUCCUGCUACCACCGUCCCUUCAUGUACAUAAAUGCUCAUAUGACUGCAGUCCUGUUCAUUAAGUUUUGGGGAGAAAUACUGGAGAAAUACAUGCUUAAUAGAGCAAGGGAUCGACCCCCCACCCCGCUCCUGCAUUCCAUCUGCGUAUCACUAUUGCUCUAAAGCUGUUCGCUCCAGAGUCCAGCAGAUGCGAGGUGCUGGAGGCCUUAUUAGCAUAUGUAAACUAGGGGGCGUGCCCCCGGGCGCACAGCCGAGACCCCGCCCCCUCCUGGGCGGCCUCCGGGACCCGAGAGUUCCGGGCGCAGUGUCCGGCGGCGCCGUCCAGCGGGGCCGCGACUUGGGGGCACUGAGCACCCCACUUAGAGGUCCCCCUGCAGGCUCCGUGCUCAGAUGCGCCUCUCCCGGGUCCCUGCAGACUCCGUGCUCAGACGCGGCGGUUCUCCCGGGGCAGACGUUUGGCAACGCAGGUUCAAUGAGAGCCAGCGCGAGUGUGGUGAAAGGUCAGCCUUGCACGUGGUCCUGUCGCCUGGAGGUCACGCGUUGUCACUGAACGGAGAGCUGAGCGCAGGAAGUCAGAUGCUCUCCCCGGAGCAGAAGAGGGCCCGGGGAGGAAGAGAAGGAGGACGCUGAAGAGGAGUUUUGAGCUCAGGCAGGCUGCAAAAGAAGCUUUGUUGAGCUACUGAGAUCCAGCAAUUUCUGACACGUUAGCAGGCCGCUGUGAUCGUCCUUGUGUCUCAGUUCUGAAGGAGGAGGACUCCAGAUUCCACUGGCCAGAAGGGGUUUGAGACUGAGACUUGAACUGUGAUAGCAGGAAGGAGCAGAAGGCAGGAUCUGAAGGCAGGAAGCUGGGCUUGCUUCUAGAAAGAAGAAAACCCGGAACUCAGGAGCACAGCCAUGGGUUGCUUCCAAACUGCAACUAACUCCUGGAUUUAUCCCACUGUGAUCCUCUGCCUAUUUGGAUUUUUCUCCAUGAUGAGACCCUCAGAACCCUUCCUUAUUCCAUAUUUAACCGGGAAAGAUAAAAACCUGACCAGUGCCGAGAUCACAAAUGAGAUUUUGCCUGUGUGGACCUAUUCUUACCUGGUACUGCUUCUGCCCGUGUUCAUCCUCACGGACUAUGUCCGCUACAAGCCCGUCAUCAUCCUGCAAGGGAUCAGCUUCAUCCUUACAUGGCUGCUGCUCUUGUUUGGCCAAGGGGUGCCGGCCAUGCAGGUGCUGGAGUUCUUCUACGGGAUGGUCACGGCCACCGAGGUGGCCUACUAUGCCUACAUCUACAGCGUGGUCAGCCCGGAGCACUACCAGCAAGUGAGCGGCUACUGCAGGAGCAUCACGCUGGUGGCCUACACGGCGGCCUCGGUGCUGGCCCAAGUCUUGGUCUCUGUGGCCGGCGUGUCCCUCUUCCACCUCAAUGUCAUUUCCAUGGUCUCUGUGUCUGUGGCCUUCCUCUUUUCUCUUUUCCUGCCCAUGCCCAGUAAAAGCAUGUUUUUCCAUGCGAGACCCAGCAGAGAGAUGCAGCAGCCGUCGAGCAUGAAGGACAUGUUACAGGAAAUUCACGAGUGUGAACGGCCAGGAGGGGAAGAGGAGAAACACCCAACUGGAGUCACCAGCAUUUCAGGGAACUUGCCUGAUGGCGGCCACUUGGGCGGCCCGAGGGCAAAGCACGCAGCUCUGAGAGUUUUUGAGCAGUGGUUCCAAGAUCUCAAGGCGUGCUACCACUCCAAGCAUCUUUUCUACUGGUCCCUGUGGUGGGCUUUUUCCACAGCAGGGUUUAACCAGGUUUUGAACUAUAUUCAAAUCCUCUGGGAUUAUAAGGCACCCUCCCAAAAUUCCGACAUCUAUAAUGGAGCUGUAGAAGGGAUUGCAACAUUUGGAGGAGCACUGGCUGCCUUUGCCGUGGGUCUUGUGAAAGCCGACUGGGACCUUCUGGGAGAGUUGGCUCUGGGCAUAUUCUCAGUUGUCAACGCAGGCUCUCUGUUUCUCAUGCAUUACACCACCAAUGUGUGGGUUUGCUAUGGUGGCUAUUUCAUCUUCAAGUCCAGCUACAUGCUUCUCAUAACCAUAGCGGUAUUUCAGAUAGCUGUUAAUCUGACCGUGGAACGCUAUGCCCUAGUGUUUGGAAUCAACACUUUCAUUGCUCUUGUGGUUCAGACCAUUAUAACUGUGAUUGUUGUGGAUCAGAGAGGACUCAGCCUCCCAAUCAGCACCCAGUUUUUAGUUUAUGGCAGUUACUUUGCAAUCAUUGCCAUAAUUUUUCUAAUAAGAAGCAUAUACGUUAUCUGCUCCACAAAAUGCCAGAAGAAAAUACAGAACGGUGCUAUAGGUCAGAAUCCAUAUGGGCCACAACCAGAGGAACCAAGGACUGCCAUCAUGGGAACAAAGCUCUAAUCUUGUAUCAGCGAUGCCUUCUCAGCGUGAACUGUACUGAUCACAGUCACUGGUGCUGUAGGCUGACAUUCUUCACAAGUCUGCAUUCCAGUGAACCUUUUCAAAACCACCCCAGGACUCCAGCCUUGGAUCGAAUAUAUGUGUCCAGGUGACUGGAUGCAGUCCUAGGUGAUUCUCAGCUGCACUUGAUAUCCCAGUGUGGGACCUAGCGAAUACCUGGGAGUGGUAAAUUCUAGAUUUGACCUCAUCUAAGGACAGGGCAAUGACAUGGAGGCAAACCAUGAGAGAAGGCCUCUAUUUUGGAGUUGGUGUUCAAUAGUGGUGAGCAGAAAUUCUAACAACACAUGGCACAUUUUUCACCUCUCAGACCAUUUUUCUCUUUUGAUUAGAUGUACUUCUGUGCAACUUACAGUUGAGAGACUUCGUGGUUUUGUUUCAUUGUCGGCACUUUGCUUUUAUCUUGAUAAUAGAAGAACCCGUUCGAUUUUAUUAGCUGGUCCUGCCAUGUAUUUUUCCAUGACUUUUUCAUGUACUCUGCUAAGCUUUGUUGUUGCAACCCUACCUCAGGAACAACUGUGACACUUGACUCUAUGCACAAGGUGACCUUCAGGUGAAUGCCCAGUGGCCUUAGAGAGACUGAGCUCUCUCCCAACCAGCACUCCGAUGCAUGUCAGUGUGAUGUCUCUCUAAACAGAAAAAUGGAAAUGGAAAUCAGGCGUUUCUACAAGUCCUCAUGAAUUAGGAGACACUGUGGGGAACAUUUAAUGUUUUGAUGGUAGAGGUUGUGUUACGUAAAAUAAUUAUUAAAGAGAAAUAUUA